AUGGUCUCCACCUACCGUGCAUCCUUCGUGAUUCCCAUCAACAUUCUCUCCGGCGUUCCUGAAAUCAUCAACCUCCGGGAUGGUGUCGAAACUCUUCUCCUGGGAUACUAUUACAUACUCCACAUGGAUAUCGUGAUCAGCCCCGAGGCGGACGUUUUGGUCGUGGGGGAGAGGACGACGGAGGGGCAGGCAUAG